AUGGGAACCAUUCUUUUUGCCUUCAUACUGGCAGUGUUUUCAACCGCAGCAGCAAAGUCCAGAAUCCAAUUCACACGGUACAGCUCCUGGAACUCUCAGAUGUACCCUGUGUGGCAAGAUGGGGACCCCCGGCACCGAGAUAGCUGGACAGGUGGAGAGGUGACAUUUGACAUCAGCAACGAUGCACCAACCCUCACUGGUGCCAAGACCACCUUCAACAUACAGAUCCGCUUCCCACCCAACCAGAUGGUCCUUCCAGAGGGUCAGGUUGUGUGGGCUGAGGACUGCAUAAUUAACAACACAAGUUAUUACCAGGGUCAGGCUGUGUACCCAGACCACGACUUGUUGGACGAAUGGGAUGGUGUCUUUCCAGAUGGCACACCUUUCAACACAAUUGCUGGCAGGAAACCACACUAUGUGUAUGUGUGGAAGACCUGGGGUCAUUAUUGGCAGGUUGCUGAUGGCCCUUCCUCCUCCCUGACCAUUGGCACAGAUGAUGUGCCUCUUGGCUCCUACAAUAUGGAGGUUGUCAUCUAUCACAUCCGCAGCAAAGAGAAGUUCAUUCCCUUGGGUUUUGCCUGCACACAGUUCUCCAUCACAGACCAGAUCCCUUUCGCAGUGUCACUCUCUCAGGUGAAUGAUGUUAAUGAGGCCGAUCAGACUUUCAUUCUGAACCGAGGCAUCACCUUCGUCAUCAGCCUCCACGACCCCAGUGGGUACCUGAGCCACUCUGAUAUCACCUUCAACUGGGACUUUGGCGACAACAGUGGCACCCUCAUCUCCCGGGACCGUACUGUCACUCACACCUACAUCUCCACCGGCUCCUUUCAGCCCAAGCUGGUCCUGCAAGCUGUGAUUCCCAAGGCUGGCUGCUCCACCCCUGUCAACGCAGCCACCUCCACCCCAGUCACCUCCAUGCCCCCCGGCCCAGCACAGGGAGGCAGCACAGCGGCCGCCUCAGCCGCAGGAGAGAGCAGAGCAGGCCUCCCUCCCUCAGCGACUACGUCUCCUCCUGUGGACCCAGGCUCUGUCACUGCCCCCCCUGCUGAAGUCAAGGAUGCCGCAGUGGUGGCCCGGGAGGCCCCAGACGCCCCUGUAGACCCUGUCAUUCUUACCACCUCGGCCACCGCAGUCAUAACAGACAUGUCAUCCAAGGCAGCCAACGGGCCAAUCACAGGGCCAGAGGAAGAGGACACAGGCACAUUGGAAGGCCAGGCUGCAGUGGUGGUGGUUAAACGGGAGGCCCCUGCUGCACCUGCAAACAGUGACUGUGUUAUUUACCGCUAUGGGUCCUUCUCGGCUGACCUGGACAUCGUCCAGGGCAUUGAGAGAGUGGAGAUUGUGCAAAUGGCAAACAUUGCCACAGUGAAGCAAAACACUGUGGAUCUCACUGUCACCUGCCAAGGAAGUCUGCCGACGCAGGUGUGCACGGUGGUGUCGGGCGCGGACUGCGGCGUGCCAAUGCAGACCACGUGUAACGCCGUCACGCCCUCGGCCGACUGCCUGCUCAUCCUGCAGCAGGUCUUCAACGACGCCGGCAUCUUUUGCAUCAACGUGUCUCUGACCAACAACGUCAGUCUGGCAGUCAGCAGCGCCAGGGUCAGGGUGACCAUGGGUUCCAGCUCCACUGUAGGUACUGUGGCCAUGGUCUUAGUGUUUGUGAUCCUCGCAGUUGCUAUUGGUGCAGUUGCUUUCACUUACAGGCACUUUAAAGACUACCAACCACUGAAAGAGGACCCAACUAUUGGAUCUGCAUUCCAAGAAGUUCCUCACAGUUGUGGAACAUCCUCUGUGACCAUGCUGAUAUGGAACCUGCUGACUGGACAGACAGCUAGAAAGAGCCAGCCAGUGCCCCCAGGCAGAGUGGUCUGA